AUGGCGACUUCUCAAACAAGCACACUCGACAGCGUGGCUGAUCCCCUCCCCACGCUGGCGAUCAACGGGGUGAACGGACACAAUAGCACCUCCAACGCCAAAGAAUACGAGUACCCGCACCAUGUGCUGAACUAUCCGCGUCCGAUACGUGUCAUCGUCAUUGGCGCUGGCAUCGCAGGCAUCGCGGCAGUCAAGUUGUUCAAGGACCGCCUGGAAAAGUCCGGGGUGAAGCUGACCAUCUACGAGAAGAAUGCUGACGUGGGGGGAACGUGGCUGGAGAAUAGAUAUCCUGGAUGUGCCUGUGACGUACCAGCCCAUGCAUACAACUUCUCGUGGGAAGGCAACCCCAACUGGUCCAUGGCAUAUGUCACCUCUGAAGAAAUCUUCGAGUACUACAAGGGCCGCGCCGAAGCGUACGGCGUCUACGAUCAUCUCCACACCCGACACCGCGUCGUUAGGGCGCAGUGGCACGAUGAUCAAGGCGUGUGGCACGUCGAGGUCGAGGAUCUGGAGACCUCGCGAACGUUUACGGAUCAGGCUGAGGUGGUCAUCAGUGCGACAGGAUUUCUCAAUAACUGGAAAUGGCCCGAGAUCGAGGGCCUCGAUACCUUUCGCGGAUUCCUCGCACACUCUGCCCGGUGGGACGAUUCAUUUGAUUUCUCUGGAAAGCGAGUCGCCGUGAUCGGCAACGGUUCCUCGGCAAUUCAGAUAGUCCCCAUCGUGCGAAAAGUCGCCAGCCAUCUCAUCUCGUUCAACCGCUCCCCAACCUGGAUCACUCCCGAGUUUGGCCUCGAAUUCGCCCCCGACGGCCGCGACACCAAGUUCUCCGAAGAACAAAAGGAAGCGUGGGCAACGGACCGACGAGCACUCCUGGAAUACCGCAAGCGCGUCGAGGGCAGCAUGAACCAGAUCUACGACGUCCUGGUCAAGGACUCGCAGGUCCAGAAGGACAGUUUCCAGAGGUUCCAGAAGAAUAUGAGGCAGAAGCUGGGGAAUAAGGAGUACUUGGCCGACAAGCUCAUACCGGAUUUUGCGGUCGGCUGUCGAAGAGUAACCCCCGGCCACGACUAUCUCGAAUCUCUCGCAUCCGACAAUGUCACGGUGGAAAGCGGGACGAUCCUCAAGAUCACGCCGACAAGUCUGGAGAUGCUGGACGGUACCACGCACGAGGUCGACGCCAUCAUAUGUGCCACGGGGUUCGAUACGUCCUUCCGACCAGCGUUUCCCGUCAUUGGCGACAAAGGGACAGAUUUGCGUGACGAGUGGGCGACGGAGCCGAGAUCGUACCUCUCGAUCGCGGCGAGCGGGUUUCCAAAUUACUUUCGUGAGUUCUGA